AGCCCCAUUAAGCCCCGCCCCGUGAGUCGACGCAAGGCUGUUACGAUGGGGCCCGGCAGCUUUGUGGCGCUGCGACUCUGGGCGCAGCUGUGCCGCAGGGCCUUUUUCCCUCGCGCGUGGCCCGCGGCUAGUGCCGCGCCCCGUCUUCGGCUGCUGGCCGUGGGAAGGCCUACGGCGAGGGCAACACUCGGCAGGGCCUGCCUGGCCCCGGACCGAGCGCGCGGCCUGCACGGCGGGCCAGGUCUGGAGGAGCAGGUGGAGGGACUCCCGGAGUCUGGCACCGCAGAUUACGCUGGUCUCAAGUUUGACAUCGAUAUGCUGGUUUCACUUCUGAGGCAAGAAAAUGCAAGAGACAUUUGUGUCAUCAAAGUUCCUCCAGAAAUGAAAUACACAGAUUACUUUGUGAUUGGUAGUGGCACUUCUACUCGACACUUGCAUGCCAUGGCCCACUACAUUGUGAAAAUGUACAAACACCUGAAAUAUAAAAGUGAGCCUCACGUUAAGAUCGAAGGGAAGGACACUGAUGACUGGCUCUGUGUGGACUUUGGCAGCAUGGUGAUUCAUUUGAUGCUUCCAGAAACCAGAGAAACCUAUGAAUUAGAAAAAUUAUGGACCCUACGUUCUUACGAUGACCAGUUAGCUCAGAUAGCACCUGAGACCUUACCUGAAGACUUCAUUCUUGGACUAGAAGAUGACACUUCAUCUCUGACUCCUGUGGAGUUUAAAUGUGAAUAAAAUGAACUGCUUUAGUCAUUUCAAA